AUGAUCUCCGUGCCCACCGCCUGGUGCUCAGUCGCUGUAGCCCUGCUCAUGGCCCUGCAUGAAGGGCAAGGCCAGGUUGCUCCACCCCACGGUAGAGGCUCCCACCUGCGGCCUCGCCGUUGCUCCUGCAGCUCCUGGCUGGACAAGGAGUGCGUCUAUUUCUGCCACCUGGACAUCAUCUGGGUGAACACUCCUGGACAGACAGCUCCUUAUGGCCUGGGAAAUCCGCCAAGACGCCGGCGCCGCUCCCUGCCAAGGCGCUGUGAGUGCUCCAGCACCAGGGACCCCACCUGUACCACCUUCUGCCAUCAAACGCCCAGGGUUGAAGCUGGGGAAGUCUCAAGCAGCAAGUCCCCUACAGACAUGUUCCAGACUGGGAAGACAUGGGCCACUGCAGGAGAGCUCUUCCAGAGGCUAAGGGACAUUUCUGCAGCCAACAUCCACUUUGCUGAGCGACAGCACAAGGCAACAAGGAAGCCCAGGCCCACACACUCCAGGUGGAGGAAGAGAUAG